AGAACAGGUGCAUGUCUUCUGCCGUGAAGUCGAAUAUUUAGUUUCUUGUUUCUUUGGACUGUGAACAGAUUAAUAAUAACUAGAAUAUUUGAUAUUAUUCUUCUAUUGAUCGUAUAGAUAAACAAAACAAACAUGGCUAUCAUAACGGGAGUUAUUCUUUACGAACUACUUGGUGUCGUCAUAGGAUUAGCAACGUUAGCGAUUUUAUAUUCAAAAUGGGCCUUUCAGUUUUGGAAAAACAAAGGAGUACCUUAUUUCGAACCAAAAUUUCUUUGGGGCAAUCUUAGCCCACCACAUAAAAGAACUGUUCCUCUUGGAGAUGAGUUAGCUGAGCUGUACCAGAGGGGUAAAGAUAAAGGAUGGAAACAUGUUGGACUGUACAAUAUGGUUUCACCAAUAUAUCUCCCUAUAGAUUUAAAUAUUUUAAAACAUGUUUUAACCAAGGACUUUAACCAUUUUGUGGAUAGAGGCUUUUAUGUAAACGAAAAAGAUGAGCCAAUCGGUGCUCAUCUGUUUGCAAUCGGAGGAAAGAAAUGGAAAAAUUUGAGAGCGAAAUUGACACCAACUUUUACCUCGGGAAAGAUGAGGGCUAUGUUUCAAACAAUAGCCGAUUGCGGAGCUCAAUUGAACAAGUAUUUAGUUGACGAAUUAGCCCAUAAUGAGCCAAUCGAGAUAAAAGAUGUUCUAGGUAACUUUUCUACGGAUAUCAUCGGUUCCUGCGCCUUUGGUUUAGAGUGUAACAGUUUUAAGGAUCCAAACAAUCCAUUUAGAACAUACGGUCGACAAAUAUUCCGCAGAAGUCCUCUACAAAAUUUAAAAUUCAUGAUAGCUAACAACUUUCCUGAUUUUGGACGAUUGAUUGGCAUAACAAUUUUGGACAAAGAGGCAGUUGACUUUUUUAGUCAAGUUGUGAGGGAUACAGUUAGCUCUAGAGAAAAAAACCAAGUUCAUCGUAAUGAUUUCAUGCAGUUGUUAAUUAAUAUAAAAAAUAAUAAAGAAGAUGUGGAGUAUAAAGACGAUGGAACUUCCCUUACAAUCGACCAAAUCAUCGCGCAAUGUUUCGUAUUUUUCACUGCUGGUUUUGAAACCAGCUCAACAACAAUAGCUUUUGCAUUAUAUGAGCUUUCUAAAAAUCAAAAUAUUCAGCAAAAAUUAAGGGAUGAGAUCAACCAAGUUCUUAAGAAGCACAACGGACAAAUCACUUACGAUUCUGUUACCGAAAUGAAGUAUAUGAAUCAGAUUAUUGAUGAAACAUUACGAAUACAUUCACCAGCACCAUUCGUUACAAGAGUUUGCGUUGAAGACUAUGUCGUACCAGGUUAUGACGUAACAAUUAAAAAAGGAGUGCGUGUAUUUAUACCAAUCAAGGGAAUACAUCAUGAUGAAGAGUAUUAUCCAAAUCCUAAGGUAUUUGAUCCAGAAAGGUUUUCAGAUGAAAAUAAACAUGACAGAAAUCAGUAUGCACAUAUUCCGUUUGGGGAAGGACCAAGAUUAUGCAUAGGUAUGCGAUUCGGCUUGAUGGAGACAAAAGUGGCCUUAACCAACAUUCUAAAAGACUUCAAAGUAUCUCUUAAUAAAAAAACUAUACAGCCUUUAAAGUUGCAACCGCUCAGUGUUAUCCCACAAGUCGUUGGCGGUAUUUGGUUGGACAUGAAAAAAAUAUAAAUAAGAAACAAGCAGUGGUAUUACAGUGCUAAAUAGCUUUAGUGCGUUUUAUUUGUCUUCGUUGCAUGAAUCAAAAUAAGUGGUGAUGGAUAAACUUUUGUUUGAUAUUGUAGUGUUUCUUAAAGAGCAGUAUUUUUUACCUAUUUAAACUUGAAAUGGAUUUCAGUUAAGAUUUUUGUUUUUUUUUAAAUAAAAUGUUGUAUACAU